UAUACAUGGUCUGCAGCCACUCAUUCCUACAUUCUUUUUCUCUUUUUUUUCAAGAAGGCAAGACAAGAGGACAACACAAGAACAACAUGGAGGCUUCAUAUGCUGCAAACAGGACUUACCUGCUGUGCCCUGUGUGCAAGAAGACCUGGCCAGCACUCUCACAGCACCUGACAAGAACCUGCAUGAAGCGCAAUCUGCAGGAUAUCCCAGGUGCUGUGGCAAAGGCUAAGACAGAUGCCCAUGAAAUCCUGGUUUCAGGGCGUGUCUUCACCUUUGACCAGAUCCAAAACAUCAUGAGGACUGCACGUGCAUUACACAACAUGAUUGAAGAGCUGCAGACGCGGCAUUUCGUGGUGCGAGGCAUCCCGUCCGACUUCUACCACAGUGCUGCCGGGCAGCAACCUGGAGGUUAUCUGGCUCAGCAACUUUCAGGUUGGGCUGCAGCUGAGCAGAGUGACAAGUCUGAAGGAGUGGGAAGCAGCAGCAGUGAUGAGACUUUUCAAGAUGAGCCAAAUGCUGGGUGGCAAACCGACAAAAGACAACAGAUGCUUGAUAGGGGUCUUUACGACAAGCACUCCAGGGAUCACAAAUUGCUCAGAGACUAUGCUAGAUAUCUCCACAAAAAACGGCAGAUUGAGAAUUACACACAAGAUGUGGCCAAUGUAGCAAGAUACCUGUACUACAUGGACCCCAAGGAACCUUCUCUUCAAUUUGUCCUGAACAAAGAGAAGACCCAGCAGUACCUCAGGGACCUGACCCAAGCCGGCCUAAUGAAGCAGACGCAGAUCAACUAUCUGAAAAACCUCAAACGUUUCCUGAAAUUCCACACCUAUCACACUGACCUGAAGAAGCGCGACCCCAAGCUUCAUGGCCACUGUGUGGAUUUCAUUGAGUUCUUGGGUUUGCAACAGGGGACUUUAUCCAAACAAGUGAGCAAGGGAGCUGGUAAGAAAGAGGCAUAGAUCUUUAUCUACAGACUCUCAACUUGCUCCAAAGAUGUGGCUUUGCUGAAGACUGCAAAGACGGACUUUUUGACGGUCAUUUGCAAAUGAAACCCAACUCACCCCCCCAGAAAUCACCCUUGUAGUCUACUACCUUGUUUUUUGACUUUUUGUUCUCAGGUAAACACACAGUCAGCUACUUUCACCUUGUAACCGAUAAAAUGUGUAUGGUUCAGUGAAAAUACAACAAGCGUACGCUCGCCUGACACUCCACACCCGUCUUGACCGACUUCAGCAUUGGGUUUUGUACAUAGAUAUUGACAGUCUCAUUUACGUGGUUAAACCAGGUGAGACUCCCUUGGAGCUGGGGGAUUAUCUGAGUGAUUUAACGGAUUAGCUGGGAGGCAAUACGAUUCAGAAAUUUGCAUCAACAAGAACCAAAAAGCUUUGCAUAUCAGACCAGAAACAGGAAAAAGGUUGUGAUGCACGUAAAAGCCAUCACUUAAAGUCAGGAAUGUAGUGAUAGUGUGAAAGACCUGGUGGAAGGUUAUUUACAAGGUUCUACAGGGGUCGUUUCAGAAGCUGCACAAUGUACCAUUAGGCGAGAUAAAAAGCUUUCAGCUUAAAAAUGCCACAUUUCAGAAAAAGUUCCAUGUGGUGCAUGACAAGAGAAGGCUUUUUCCCGACGUAACAACUCUGCUGUUUGGUUACUAAGUGUUGUGAAAAUGUUGGUCUCCUCUGAAACACAGGAGAUUGACUUUGACCCAAGAUUCAGAACACCCUUUUCAUGAAUGCUUGUAGGCCCAAGUGGAUGUGGAAAAUAUUUCUUUGUAAAACCUGUUUUGCAGAUAUGUAACCAUGUCAUGGAUGUUGUACCAGAAAAUAUUGUGUGGAUUUAUACUUCUUUUCAAAG